UAACCCUGGUGUGUAUCCGUGUGUGCUUUUUGCGUUGUGCUAGAGCCCAGCGUACCCGGAAGGAACGAGCUUGAAACAGCAGAGAGAGAGAAAGCAGAGAAAGGGAACAAGGACGAUGUCUCCAGGUGAAGACCUCAACACAAACCUGAUUAAAUCAUUGACUUCUGUUCAUCUUCCGCCACCUCCUUCGGGCCACCAUCAACAUCAAGAACAACGCUCGCCCCUGGCAGAGUAUUCCACGAUCCCUGUUAUAGAGCCGCUGAGACCAAAGAGGACGCCAGUGGAGGCGAAAACAGACCAUUCAAUACAGAUCAAUACUGUGACUCCUGUGCAGACAAAGGAGGCGGUUUCGUUGCAGAGAGACACGCACUCAAUAGAGAACACCACUGAAGUAGCGCUACAGAGCUCUAAGCAGAUGAGUGGUGCUAGAUCUAAGCGCUCAAGCGCCACGUCGGUCGACGUUGUACAACCGCUCACCACUCCUCCACAUACUGUCUCUAGAGCGGAAUCUGGCGGGCGGUUGAAGAAGAACAAAGUCCAGGACACUCCAACUGUUACUCAAGGACGGCCAAAGAGAUCGGCAAAGGAUCCACUCUCACCACAGUACUCUUCACCUUCCAACUUUCAGCCGGAAAAGGUUGUUGCUUCUGCUAGAAAGGUCUCGAAGCCACCGCAACCUUCCUUUGUCCAAUCUUCAAAGCCUCUGAAGAGACAGGUCAGGGAACAACGUUCCGCCCAGCAGCAAGAACAGGAGCAGUAUCCUCAACAGGAACAACAGCUUGAGGAAGUGGAGCUUCCUUCGCCUUCAAAGAUGCCAAAGAUCAUUUGCGACUCUCCUCAAAAGCCACCGUAUUCGUACGCCGUCUUAAUAGGCAUGGCUAUCUUGAGAGGCAAGAAUCGUAAGCUGACGCUUUCGCAGAUUUACCAUUGGAUCUCAUCGACUUUUAAGUAUUACAAGAUGGAGGACGUUGGCUGGCAAAACUCCAUCAGACACAAUCUCUCGUUGAACAAGGCGUUCAUCAAAACCGAUAAAUCAAUCGAUGGGAAAGGUCACUAUUGGGAAAUUGUGAAAGGUCAUGAGAUGCAGUUUUACAGAAAUAAACAUGGAAAGAAAGUACAAACUGUCAUACAACCUGUUCCUCCACCAAGACAGUUGAAACCAGCUCCUCUUAGUGCUUCAAAGUCGCUCUCUUUGAAUCCUCCAGCAAGAAGUCCUUCAACUUCUGAAAGUGACAAUUCAGAGGAUGAACAUGAGCCCUCAAAUACCCAGACGCCAAAGGCACAGAUCAGAUCAACCGAUACUCAGUUUGGUUACCUGGACAGAACUCCUCUCAGAAAAUCGAACUCGGCCAUUGGUCUCCAAAGGUUUGCUUUGCCAAAGGUUGUUGUAACGGAUGCGGAUGAAGUGGAUGUCUCUACCAACGACUCACUAAUUCCAAGAAAGAAACAACAACUAAAGGCAGUAUCUACAGGAAAUGGGCAAUUGACAAAUAUUCCACAAUUAGAGGCACCUGAGACUAGCUGGGCAGCAUCCGCUCUUGGGGAACGUAUCAUAUUUGGUCAGGUGAAACCUGAUUCGCCUGAACAAUUGAAGCCAAAUUUACCCUUGACUUCGUCUUUCAGCUGUAACACCAAUUAUGAGCUAUCUCCACUGAGAAGACAGGAAACUGGUCCGCUAUUAGAGCCUUUGACGCCAGGAUCACGUGUAGCAUCGUUUGCUACUGCUCUCAACGUUCAAUCAUCGCAAUCGUCAGUGAGAACACCUCUACGAAAUGCAAAUUCGAACAGUCAGAAUCUCCCUAGUGGCAUCAUGAGUGCUAAUUCCCAUCUUUUGCAAUUCUUACGUACUCCAACUGCAAAGACACGUACCCCAAAUGGCAAUACCAACAGCAUUUUGAAAAAAUUCUGGCCUUCACCUUCAGUGAUGGAUGAUUUCUACACUUCACCGUCAGUUCCGAGAAAUGGAGAAGGGUCAUACCAUGAAACGCUUUUUGGCUCACCAGAAAAGCAGCCGAGAAGACAAUUGUUCCAAGAGAAUUCUGGAACCUAUGACUUAUUCGGUGUGGAUAUCUGUUCUGUUGUGCAAAGAGCUGUGGAUAGUUGCCAUGAAAACAGGCUGGACUCUCUGGUUGAGAAAGAUGGAUCUUCUACGGAUGACGAUAAUGACGAUGAUCACUAACUAUGUGUUGCUUUGGGGGGGUUGUAAUUUUAUGGAUUUUGGGUUUGUUUUGUCUGUUAUUUUUAUUUUUUUGGUUGUCUUUUUAAACUUGACUCGUUGAAGCGAUGGUGAUGUCGACUUUUCAUGAGUUGUUGUGCUAUUACAAAGGCUUCUUUGGUUAUUUUAUUUCAAUAUGUUCUUUAACUCUUCUAUCGGGUAAUUGCAAAGACUCGUAGGCUCUAUACAAGUUGAUCUGUAGUGUCUUGGUACGGUGAUUCGAG